AUGGUAGAUGACGGAAGCGUGGAACGAACCUCUAGAGAGAUAGUGCUGCCCGUUCUAGCCAGAGGAGUCACUCUGGAAAUGACCUUUCACGUCAUGAACCAGGAAACAGCCUACAAAGCUAUCAUAGGGCGCCCAUGGAUACACGCCAUGAGAGCCGUCCCAUCAAGUUUCUAUCAACAACUAAAGGGAGCAAGUGCGGAAGCAUAUCAAUCAGCCAUAUCGGGAGCCAAGCCCGGCAUACAAAUAGAGGCCAUCAAAGACCCAGAUGUCGUAGAAGCCUGCAAGUCAACCGUAGAGGACCUCGAUCCUGUUCUAUUGGACAACAACGACAGCACGAAAAAAACUUAUAUCAGGCACAACCUUUCAGAACCAGGCAAGUUCCAUGAAUUUUUAACUAACAAUGCCGAUUUAUUUGCCUUUUCCCAUUCAGAUAUGCCGGGAAUCCCAAGGGACAUCACCACACACAAGCUGAAUGUCGACCCCCUUUACCCGCAUGUGCAGCAAAUGAAAAGAAAGUUCAACGUCGCUAUCAACGAUGCAGUUAGUGAAGAAGUCGAUAAGCUUCUCGCUAAUGGUUCCAUCCGAGAAUCAAUGUACCCUCAGUGGGUCGCCAAUGUGGUCGUG